UGAGGAUAAUAAUACUUGCAUUACUUCUAUAACCUUAAUGUGCAAUACAAAUACCUUCCAUUCUUUUUCCCAGAACUAUGGGUGGGGAGGAUGAAUGUUGACAUCAACAUUCAGGUGGCCUCAAAAUAGGCAAUUCUGUAGAUCUCUAGGCAAUUCAUUUUCCAUUCCUUCAUCCUUCCUAUUAAAAAACCACAGGCCCGUGUGCAUGUUACGAUGCUAUUAAUAUAGUCCCACGACUUUUAAUUAAAGUCAUGAUACCUAGUGACUUUUCAUAAUAGCACUGUUCCCCGGAGAGGUAAAGAUAGAGCUCUGUAGGGGAAAACUUAAUGAGAUCUUUUUUCAGCUCCAUCAUCAAAGCAAGCAAAUUGUUACAGAGUAUAUUUGGUCAGUUGGGGAGAUGCCAUAAGAGUGGAGAGAUUUUUAGUUUUUGCCAGUAUUGCUAUAUGUACAUAUUUAAGAAUCUGUUCCAAAUACCAAAGGAACAGAGGCAAGGAGUACGGACGUACCAAAGACAAUGUUGCCAUUGGCAGACACGUUGGAGCUCAUCAUUUGUGCCCUUCUCAUUUUGCUGAGUGUGGUGGGGAAUGUGUGUUUAUUUUUUUCUACAAGGAGAUGCAUCCGUGGGCCUCUGAAGCCAUCCUUCCUGCUCAUUUUCAGUCUUGCAUUAGUUCACCUUCUGAAAAACCUGGUUGUGAAUAUCAUGAAAAUCGUUUUUUCCUCUGGUGGCUUGUUGGACUCGGUCAGCUGCAAAAUUCUCCGAUUCACAGAAACUCUGACCACUGAGCUCUCUGUCUGGUUCGUGUUACAUUUUGCCGUGCUUCACCAUCGUGAGCUGUACCAAAUUGUCUAUCCCUCCAGUGAGACUCCAAACCUGAGCCAUCAGAAGGGGCAUUUAAAGGCAGUUCCCAUUCUGUGGAUCACUGGAUUGGGAGUUUGUAUUCCAAUUUUAGUCUGCACUGAAAAGCUUCCACCUGUCCGCACAGCAAAUAGCACGGGUCUGCUGUAUGCCCAAAGCCUUAACCUGGCUUGCAAGAUUGACUUUGGAAACCAACAGGUAGAAUAUUACUAUGAGAAAAUAUUUUUAGUCCUUGUUGAUCUUCUUCCUUUGACUGUCUUGAUUUUUCUUUGUUGUUGGAUUGCUUUCCUGCUCUGGGAGCAAAAGAAGCAGACCUAUGGCAACAUUUGGAUAGGAGAGGAUGCUGCAGAGACUGAGAUCUUUCGAGGAGCUAAAGUCAGUAUUUUGUUGACGUUACUGAUUACCUCUCUGUGGAUUUCCCACUUUGUUUUGAUUGGUUUCUUGAAGGAUUUGGAAUCCUGUUCCUUUACUCCAGCUUUGCUCACAGCUCUGUCUUCAGGUUUUUCGACUGUUAGUCCCUACGUUCUUAUGUUGGUUCAUUACAAAGUGAGGCUGGAGGCUUUCUGCUGUCGGAAAAGAGAAGGAUCUGUUAUUCAGACUACAAAUGUUCUUUCCUGUCCAUACGCAUAAAGACAAAAACCACGUUAUCGUUGCUUCGGUAACACGGGAACCUUCCUAUUUUAGGGGAAGCAGAAAUCGACCUGUACUCCUUGUCAUCUGAUAGGCAGGCAGUUCCUCCCAGUCAGGACAACAAAACGCAGCACCUCGUAGUCAAAGCAGGUAUCCCAAGAAAACCAUGAAAGGAAGUAUGGACGCCAAUGAUUCUGCAGUAAGUUAGGGUUGAGGGUGAGGGAGGAAUCACCAAUC